GCCUUCCUGCUUCGAUUUUCAAUAUCAUUACAACUUCAACUAAUUCAAAUGAGACAAGUUCUGCAAGUCUAAUGAAUAACAAUUGGAAGAUUUACAUGGAAAGCAAAACCAAGAAUCACAGAUGCAAAAAGAAUUGGAUAACUUGAAAGAUAUCUUGACUUUUGAGAAGCAAAACUUAGAAAUGGUUAUUUAUGAUUGUGAUAAAUUCAGUUCGUUGUGCAAUGAAAAAGAUAUAGAGCUUAAGGCUGCCCUAUCAGAGAAGCGAAGCUUAGAAAUGCGGCUUCCAAAGUUGAGUUCUCAAGGUUCAAAGAAAACUAUUCCGAAAGAGUUGGUUGACGCAAAUAAUCAGGUCUUUGAAAAGAUCCAUGAAGAGUUGAAAGCUUGUUCUAUGUUGUGUACCGCAGAAGAAACAAAAAAGAGGCUUUUGAGUGAAAAAUCAUCACUUGAGGCAAAAAUUGUAGAGCUGGAAAAGAAGAAAUCAAGUGAGGUAUGUUGCCUAAAUAUCUCUUGUUUUGCAUUUUCAGCUCGAAGAGUUGUGAAUCUGAGUCAUACUGGUAUUAGAGCACUACCUUCUUCCAUCAAUAGUUUAUUUCACAAAAUUAUUCCAGGAGAUUAA